ACGUCGCAGCUUCUGUGCGGUUAAAAGGCGACAUUUUCACAGUUUUUAUCCUUUAAUGACUAUGUGUUGGUCUCUGAUCUGAGGUCAGUUUGCUCUCAGUACAAGUUUAAAUCCUCUUCCGGUCAGAGCUGCGGUCACCUGUACAGGAACGCUGCUCUGUGUCCAUGAAGGGCCACCAUGAGUCCACCGGUUUCAUUUAACAGACAGCUUCCCUUAAAGAUGGCGGUCUAUCAGAGACGAGACUCCCCUGAACCUGAACCCAGCUGUGUGUCCCUCAGCAGUGCCCAGUCCAAGUCUCAUCCUCUUCUGUUUAAAGGUGGAUCCCCUGCUCCUGAACGGAGAAUUUAUCAGAGAAUAGACUUACCUGAACCUGGAUCUGAACCCGGAUCUGAACCCGGAUGUGGAUUUGAAUGCAGCUGUGUGUCCUUGAGGAGUGACCAGUCAAAGGCUGUACCUCUAAUGUUUAAAGAUAGACUCCCCUCUCUUGAAUUGAGAGUCCACCAGCAGAGCUCAGAGGUUCCCAGUGGUCAGUCUGCCCAGCAGCAUCAAACACACCUGGACUCCAUAUUUAUGCUGCUGGAGGAGAACAUUGUCACUUUUGUGAAGAAUGAGCUGAAGAGGAUCCAGAAAACCUUAAAUUCAGAUUACCCAGAAUGCUUAGAGAGUCAGAGGGAGGAUGAGGAGGUGUUGGACGGUGAGGAGGAGGAGCAGAGGAGGAGCAGCAGAGAGGCAUUUCUGAAGAUCACACUGCACUUCCUGAGGAGAAUGAAGCAGGAGGAGCUGGCUGAGCGUCUGCAGAGCAAAUCUCCUGUCAUGUGCCAGUUUAACCUCAAAUCCAACCUGAAGAAGAAGUUCCAGUGUGUGUUUGAGGGGAUUGCUAAAGCAUCCAAACUGAAGAACAUCAAGUAUGAUGGAGGAGCUGAGACAGAUCCACACUGGACUCCAGAGAGCAGGAAGAUGAUUGAGUCUCUGGGAAAACUGGCUUUUGAGCAGCUGCAGAAAGGCAACCUGAUCUUCUAUGAAUCAGACCUGACAGAGUGUGGCAUCGAUAUCAGAGCAGCCUCAGUGUACUCAGGAGUGUUCACACAGAUCUUUAAAGAGGAGAGAGGGCUGUACCAGGACAAGGUGUUCUGCUUCGUCCAUCUGAGCGUUCAGGAGUUUCUGGCUGCUCUUCAUGUCCAUCUGACCUUCAUCAACUCUGGUGUCAACCUGCUGGCAGAAGAACAAACACAGUUCUACCAGAGUGCUGUGGACCAGGCCUUACAGAGUCCAAAUGGACACCUGGACUUGUUCCUUCGCUUCCUCCUGGGAUUUUCACUGCAGACCAAUCAGACUUUCCUACGAGGCCUGCUGACACAGACAGGAAGUAGCUCACAGACUAAUGAGGAAACAGUCCAGUACAUAAAGAAGAAGAUUGAAGAGAACCCUUGUCCAGAAAGAAGCAUCAAUUUGUUCCACUGUUUGAAUGAGCUGAAAGACCAUUCUCUAGUGGAGGAGAUCCAACAGUACUUAAGAUCUGGUAGCCUCGCCACAGAUCAACUCUCUCCGGCUCAGUGGUCAGCUCUGGUCUUCAUCUUACUGUCUUCAGAAAAAGAUCUGGACGUGUUUGACCUGAAGAAAUAUUCUGCUUCAGAGGAGGCUCUUCUGAGGCUGCUGCCAGUGGUCAAAGCCUCCAAGAAAGCUCUACUGAGUGGCUGUAACCUCUCAGAGAGAAGCUGUGAAGCUCUGUCCUCAGUUCUCAGCUCCCAGUCCUCUAGUCUGAGAGAGCUGGACCUGAGUAACAACAACCUGCAGGAUUCAGGAGUGAAGCUGCUGUCCGCUGGACUUGAGAGUCCACACUGUACACUGGAAACUCUCAGGCUGUCAGGCUGUCUGAUCACAGAGGAAGGUUGUGCUUUUCUGGCAUCAGCUCUGAGCUCCAACCCCUCCCGUUUGAGAGAGCUGGACCUGACCUACAAUCAUUCAGGAGUCUCAGGAGGGAAACUGCUGUGUGCUGAACUUACACACUGCAGACUGGAAAAUCUCAGCGUGGAGCCUGAUGGGGUCCAGUGGUUGAAACCAGGAUUGAGGAAGUAUUUCUGUGAACUCUCACUGGACCCAAACACAGCACACAAAUUCCUCAAACUGUCUGAAAACAACAAAAAGGUGACCGAUCUGAGAAAGGAGCACCCGUAUCUUGACCACCCGGAGAGAUUUGACUACUGGCCUCAGGUGCUGUGUGAAAGCGCUCUGACUGGUCGCUGUUACUGGGAGGUGGAGUGGGUAGGAAAGGUUUAUAUCGCAGUGAGUUACAGAGGAAUAGGACGGAGUGGAGACCGCGAUGGCUCCAAGUUUGGAGGGAAUGAUCAGUCCUGGUGUCUGAGCUGCACUGAUGGAGGAUACAACGCCUGGCACAAUAACAGUGGGACACUCAUCCCCUCCUCCUCGGUCUCUAACAGAGUAGCAGUGUAUCUGGACUAUGCUGCUGGCUCUCUGUCCUUCUACAGAGUCUCCUGUGACACUCUGAUCCACCUCCACACCUUCAGCACCACAUUCACUGAACCUCUUUAUCCUGGCUUUGGCUAUGGAGUGAAGUUUAACUCCUCAGCCUUUCUGUGCCAGCUGUAGAGCAUUAGCAUGGGCAGAAUCAAUACUGUGGUUCCAGACUGUUCAGCUGAUGGAGGUCCGACCGGGUCUGUUCCAGUCUUGGUAAGCUUGUGACAUGUAAAGAGUCUAAUCUGAAGUCUUCAGGUCCAGUCGUUCUCGCUGGUCGUCUGCCUCCAGAGCUGUCUUACCUGCACAGAAAUGAUAUCUUAAGUUUAUUAUUAUUAUUAUUAUUUAAAGGCUCAGUUAGUGUUCAUGUUUGUUUAAAAUAGCUCCAGGAGGGGCCUCCGAGGCCUGUAAACCGUGUCCUCUCUGGACGACCUGGAGAACAAAUUGUGUAGUCAGAAAUCUUCAUCUUGCCAUCAACGAAAUGUGCAAUAAAUCCUAACAGUCGUUUUGAACAUUAAUGUACAUUUUAAUUUCGGAGGGUUUUGCUUGUACACAUGUAAGUUGCAUUUAGAUCUCUUAAAACUUUUAUCUGUAAAAUAAGUUUAUGUAAUACCGACACUGCAAAAAAACAAAUCUUGUUGUUCUCAUGAAUGUACACCAGAGGGGACGGCAGUCAGUAGCAGAGUAAAUUAUCAUUAUAAGAUUACUGUUGUUAUUUAAUGUUUGGACAAGCGUUUGGUAACCUGUCUGCAGCAGGUCUGCAGUUUAUGUAUUUAUGUGUUUUUUUUAUUACUUACUAUGUAUUUAUUGUGAACUCCUUCAACACUUACUGUGUAUUUAUCAUUUAUCUUACUAAGUACUUUGCAAAUGUUUUGUAUUUAUUUAUUAUUUAUUACGUACUGUUUCAUGUAGCUCCAGUGGUCAUUUUAUCUUUCUUAUUUUCUUUGUGUUUGUUUUUGUUCUGUAAAUAUUAAUGUUUCUGUAAAGCAGUGGCUGUCUGUGAAGAGCACCGUACAAAUAAAGUUUACUCACUUAAACUUUCAA